CUUCGUGAGGUCGACGUCAGAUGCCGCCGUUGGUCCAUACAGAUGUCAUGGCAAAGACGUUCCCGAGCCGAAGACGUGUCCAUUCUUGCAUCCGUGCCAUAUGAGAUCAGCUUUUGUAUCUUCUUAGACGAACCUUCGCCUGGUGAUGUAGAGUCAUUUCACACAUCUCCUGCCUCUCCACGGGACCAAUAUCAGAGCAACAACAAGGGUCUCGUUGCCACACUGACGUCUGACCCUGAGUGAGCGGUACUUCUUCUACCCUCGCCAACAACCUCGCCGUGGCUUGAAAUUCAACGCACUCCCUCGAUCUUGUCACUAACAAACCUACUCCCUACACAAACUAACACUGCACAAGUAUCCUGCCGACGACAAAAUGGGCGACCCCUCGGGCGAAAUGCCAAUGCCAUUGAGACAUCGGAGACACAGCACUCAGGUGCAACGUGACUUCGUAUCCCAAGUACCUGAAUAUCAUCGAAAACGAUCGCUCAGCUUCGCGCAACCGAAACCGGAUGGCCUCGAUAUCGGGACAAGCUUGAGUGAAUUCUGGGUCGGCAUUGCCAUCCAAGAAGAGUCCAGCACGACGCUCAAAGUUGGUAUGGCCAUUCAUGAUGGUACAUACAGUGUCGACUUUGCAAUCCACCGCAUAUCGCUUGAUGACAAGCCGGAGAAUGGGACCGGAGCGGAUUGGGUAACUGAUCAUAUCAUUGCAGAACUACACAAGUAUAGGAAGGAUCAUCUCUGCAAACUGCUCGGUGCUGGCGUCACUCCUGACCUGCAUCACAAGGCUCCCAAUUUAUGUUCCAGGCUGUGGGCAGAGCUGGACAUCGUCCCCAUUGUAUUGGAAUCUACUCCCCUCCUACCGAACAAACAAGGUCGCAAUCAAGGACGGAUCAAUGUCGACGAAUUGGCCGACUCUUUUGCGAGAAAAUGCUUAGCGUACUUUGGACCUACGAAACAACCCCGACUAUCCAUCAGCUACCAAAACCAAGUCGAAGUGGAUCUGGCUGGCAUGAUACAGCUGGCCACAAUGGAUGAUUACGAGAAGUCUGUCAGACCUCCGACCUGGAGAGCCGUUCAAAAACACAUCAAAGAUGUCAAAGACCGAAACCUCCGGGUCGCCUUCUUCAGUGCUACUCCGCAAGGUGGAGGUGUCGCCUUGAUGCGUCACGCAUUGUUGAGGUUUCUCACUCAGCAGGGCGUGAAUGUCGAAUGGUUCGUGCCUAAACCGAGACCUGACGUCUUCCGCAUCACAAAGAACAACCACAACAUCCUGCAGGGCGCCGUUCCCCCGAGCGUCCGUACCUCUGAUGAAGCAUUGGGCAAGAUCAAAGAAUGGAUCAGGGACAACGCCGAACGCUUCUGGCUUUCUGAAGAGGGGGGACCUCUGAAAGCCCCUGCCCAGGGUGGUGCCGAUGUCAUUAUCAUCGAUGACCCCCAGAUGCCAGAGCUCAUUCCAAUCGCCAAGAAAGAAGCUCCUGAUCGCCCGAUCAUCUUUCGGUGCCACAUCGAGGUUCGGGAUGAUCUUGUUCUAAAGGACGGUAGUGCUGCCCAACAUAUCUGGCAGAACAUGUGGUCAAGCAUCAAGCAAGCCGAUGUCUUCCUCAGUCAUCCAGUACGAUCAUUUGUGCCCCCUGAUGUGAGGAAGGAAACAUUGGGUUGGCUCCCGGCUACAACAGACUGGCUCGAUGGCUUGAACAAAUCCAUGGACAACUGGGAUCUGUCAUACUACAUGCACGUCCUCCGACAGACUUGUCAAGCCCAGGGACUUCCCCAAUUACAAUAUCCGAACCGCGGGUUCUUCACCCAAAUUGCCAGAUUCGACCCGUCAAAGGGCAUCCCCGAUGUCAUCGAGAGCUAUGCCAGAUUCCGCGAGUUGAUGGCCGAUGAACCAAAGAGGAAUACUCACCAACUGGUGAUCUGCGGUCAUGGCUCUAUCGACGAUCCCGACGGAAGCAUGAUUUACGAUCAGACCAUGGACGCUAUCCAUACACAUCAUCCUGACCUGGCCGAUGAUAUUGUGGUCAUCCGCCUCGGGCCCAGCGACCAAAUGCUGAAUGCCGUCAUGUCGCUUUGCACGGUGGCUCUGCAACUUUCUACAAGAGAGGGCUUCGAGGUCAAGGUUUCCGAAGCGCUACAUAAGGGGAAACCCAUGAUCGCAACCCUCGCAGGGGGCAUUCCUCUACAGGUGGAACACGGCAAGAGUGGCUUCCUCGUCGAAAGGGGCGACCACGAAGCUGUUGCCAAGUACCUCUACAAUCUCGUCAUGGACGGCGAUCUCUACGACACCAUGAGCGAGUACGCCAGAACCCACGUCAGCGAUGAGGUGCAUACGGUCGGCAAUGCCUUGAGCUGGAUGUAUCUUGCGUCGUCGGUGUCUAGUGGCCAACCACUGAAACCGAACGAGAGGUGGAUCAACGACCUAGCUCGUGAAGCAGCUGGUGAGCCAUAUCAGGACGACGAACCACGUCUUCCUCGACAUCUCUCGACGUAGGGGAUUUCUUUACUAAAAAGGAGUUGUUGUGGGACAUAUUGGACCAGGGCCGACAUGCCUUGUAACGUUACUGAUCGUACAUCACUUUUCUGCGUGUGUGGGUAUCCCAAGGAUCGGGUAUAUCGAAUCAGUGGGACAUUGAUUUUAGUAGUGCGUUCAAUUGAAAGAGAGACUUGAUUCAAAGAUCCCUAAAAGCAGUGACCGUUUUUUGGGAAUGCAAGAGGCUGACUUCACAUGGGAGCAUGGACCGAAAGAGAGGCGAUCACGUGCGCUGUCGUUUCGGCAUGAUUUAACCCGAUGUGUCUUUUCCGAUUUACUAAUAAUCGUAUUGUAUCUCCAUACAUGUUUCAACUCCAG